AUGCCAUCACCCCCUCGCCCUCUCUUUUUCUCUCGAAUCAUAUCUUUUCUCCUUUCUCUUUCUCUGCCCCACUUCUUAUCGCUAUCUCGCUCUCACUCUGAAUACGUCACUCUCUCUCUGUUUGUAUUUCUUUCCUUCUCUCUCCAUAUUUCUUAUUCUCUUUCCAUCGUUCUUUUUUUUCUGUUAGUUUCUUACAGUUGUUUCUUUCUCUAUCUUUAUCUAUCUCUCUUUCUCUCUCGUUUCUAUUUUAUUUCUUUUCCCCCCUUACUUUCUUCUACUCUAUUUCUCGCCUACUCUCGCUUUUUCUCCCCCUUUCUCUUUUUCUCUGUUUCUUCAUCUCAUUUUCACUAUUUUUUUCUCCCCCUUUCUCUUUCGCUCCUAUCAUUUUCCUCUUUAUCUCCCUUCAUCCGUUCACCAUUACUUCUCUCUUUUUCUUCUUUCUUUUCUUUUUCUCCUCCUCGCUCUUUCUGUAUAUGCCUUUAUUUCUCCCAUUCUAUUGCCCUGUUUCUCUCUCUAUCUUUUUCUCACUAUUUUUAUCUUUAUUUCUUUUUCGAUUCCGCCGACUUAUUCUCCCACACUAUUGUGGAGGAGACCUGGGGAGGGCCUGUAUAUGUUCAUAUCUAUCUAUCUAUCUAUCUAUCUAUCUAUCUAUCUAUCUAUCUAUCUCAAUCAACAGUUGUCUUCUACCGGUUGAUAAUGUCUUGCCAUUUUCCCUCAGCUCGUCGGCGCACCGUCCAUCAACCGGCGCGAUUGUAUUCGAUCGAUUAA